AUGCCCAGUCUCUUUUCCUCAGAAUCGAGUCCUCGUCUACCUCCUUUUGAGAGACUCCUUGUUCUUGGCUCAUAUCCUGUCGCCUCGCCAAUACACCUCUGUAUCUCGGUCCUCGCAGAGCUCGCCAGUACUAGCGCCCCGAACACAGAGUCGCUCAGAAGCCUCAGCGCUCAGCACCAUGCUCUUAUCAUCUCGCCCUCACGUCCGAAACUGCUCGCAGGGCUCCGCGACGUCCAGCGCGCUCCGACAUGGGUGCGCGACGAGGCAGGCACAGGACGCGUCAUGGGUCUCGCUCGUGGCGUGCAGCUCUUCUACCCUGCAACACCAGGCGAGCUUGCCGCGCUCCUUCUGUCACUCCGCACAGACGCACACGGCGCCCUUGACAACAAAAUGACGCUGGCCGGCCCACCUGCCCUCGUCGUCCUUCACGAACCUUCUUCGUACUUUCUCGACGGCUGGCGAGACAGCGAAUGGACCGUAUCCUCGUACCUGAUGCUCGUCGUCCACGUACUAGGAACCCUCGCAUUCCUGACGUCCAAAGAACAAAGGCAAGCAUCUCGCCCCGCAUCACGCUGUGCUCAUCCUCCUCAUCAUGAUGCACCUCCGGACAGCUGCCCUCCGAUCCGCUUCGCACUCUUCGACUCCCGCCUCCACACACUCAAGCUCCCCGUCGUACGAGUACCUCCGCCCGGGCCAUUCGAGGACACCGGACCUGAGAGAGCUGCCACCUCAGGCGAGGGAGACGACGCAGCCAAGGAUGUGCUCGUCUUCGUGCGCCGGUACUUCGAGUGGGUGGUAACCUUCGAACCAGAAUCUGACCCAGGGAGCACCGACACGGAGAUGGCUGUGGUGCGAACAGCGCGGCUACACAACGAAAUGGCGGUAUCUCCUGAUGAAGAUCUUACAUGGAAAUGGCUGGAAAGAACAUCACAAGAUGGGGUCCUUCUUGAGUGGAACUGA